AUGGCGUCCUCUUUCGUAAGGGCUCUCGGCCUUUCGAUGAUUAGUUUCCUUGGGAUUUCAAUGAUUUUUCCGGGAGGUUCUUGCUGCUCGACUUGUGGAAAACAUGAAGACAUCACACGCGAUGUGUGCAUUAUUGGAGGUGGCUCGUCAGGAACAUAUGCUGCAGUUCGGUUGCGGGAUAAGGGGAAGUCAGUGGUGGUCAUAGAGCAGGACGAGACACUCGGAGGGCACACUGAUACACUCAUCGAUCCAAGGACGAAGAAGGCUAUCAACUUUGGGGUUGCGAUUUUCGAUGAUUUGGAUAUCACUAGGGAGUAUUUCACACGGCUUGGGAUUAAAUAUAAGGAUACGUUUUUUGGCAACGACCCGGGCGUCAAACUCUACGCCAACUUUCAAACGGGGAAAAUUGUUGACCAUAAGACAUCUAACAUGUCGGCUGCACUUACUUCUUAUGCUAUGCAAGCAAUGAAAUACCCUGAAUUGGAAAAAGGAUUUAUUUUUUCUGAUCCAGUCCCAGAGGACUUGGUUAUACCUUUCUCCAAGUUCGUGGAAAAGUACGACAUUGGUGAUGCACUCGAGAUAAUAUAUAUUUACUGUCAAGGCUACGGCGAUCUUCUCGAGCGGCUAACGGUUUACGUGCUGAAGACUUUUGACCUUGCUGUUCUCAACGAUCUCAAAAACGGCUUCUUAAACCCGGCCAGCGGGAACAACAACGAAAUCUAUGACAAGGCGAUGGAGAUCAUCGGAUCCGACGUCCUGUUUAAAAGCCGAGUGGAAGAUGCAGAGCGUCGCAAAGACGGCGUCAAGCUUACCGUGAAGACACCAUCCGGGCGAAAGACAAUUCAUGCAAAGAAGCUUAUUAUUUCCAUCCCACCGACCCUCCACAACCUUAGGCCAUUUGGCUUGGAUGAAAACGAGAAAUCCAUAUUCGGACAGUUCAAGACCACAGGUUACUACACCUCCCUUGUUCGAGUGCCUGGCCUUCCUAAAUUUGAUAGCAUGACCAAUUACAAUCCGGACACCCCAUACAACCUGCCAAAGCUGCCGGAUAUUUACUGGAUCACUCCCACCAUCAUACCGGACGUCUACGACGUUAAGUAUGGCAGCCCUCGUGCGCUCCGCGAGGAGGACGUGAAAAAGGACAUCAUCCGGAAACUCAGACCGUUCCAAGAUGCUAGUGCUAAAGACGCCGAAUUCGUGGCAUGGUCCAGCCAUACUCCCUUCGGAGCGACGGUAUCGAGAAAAGCGAUUGAAUCGGGUUUUUACAAGAAGUUGUACUCCCUGCAAGGCAGGCAUAAUACCUACUGGACAGGAUCUGCAUUCCACGCACAUAACUCCGGCUUGCUUUGGGAGUAUACAAAGAAUUUGGUCGAUACGCUGGGGAUCUAA